UCGACCAUCUCAAGUAAUGUUUGUAUUUAUCUCGACGGGAACAUGGCUAGCCGUACAGCUAUAAGCAACCAGUACGAGGUACUUGGGAACUUCUCGAUUGGCGAGGACAAGAAAUAUCGAAACGAUUUGAGUCAACGUCUCUUCCUCGUCGAACCUGACGAUGACCAACCUAAUUUCGAUCUCUUGCAGGGGCUUAGAGAAUACAAAGAUACUGUAUACACUGGUCCUGUACCGACGUCGAUGAGCCCCCUUCUUGACUGGUUUCAUGAUCAUCGAGACGAGCUCAUCAAAAAGAAAGUUUUGAAAUCAGAAGGAUCAUCUAGAAAGCUCGACAUCGAUUUUGUAGGUCGCCGAGGAUUUUUCUGGCGUCUUCUUCGUGCGGUGGAGAGCCUGGACAAGCUGGAAAUCCUUGUAACCCUCUGUAAUGGAACCUACUAUAUCGAGAACGUCAAGAUAGAUAAUUAUAAAUUAACUGCAUGGCAAAUAGAGCUGGGAUUUGGUGGCGAUAAGUUUGCUCAGUGCAUCACAAGUCCUGACGGGAGAAAGCCUGACAUCAACAAACCGGUGAAUGCAAACGCCCAGUAUGGAGCGGUGAUGAAGACACAGUAUGGCGAUCACCGUAUCAUUCUCAGCACAGAAGUUCAGGCAGAACGAAAGGACUCGAAUAAGGCACCUCCAGAAAACUAUGUGUGCAUCAAAACCAUAAAGGAUGAUCUCGUAGGGAAACCCCUGACAAAUUUCAACAGGUACAAGACGUUACAGUGGUGGUCGCAGGCCUACAUGGCUGGCAUCCCUGAAGUGAUAUGCGGUAGGAGAGAUGAUAGAAAGCAUAUCAUAACAUCAGUCGAAACCAUGAAGACCAAUCAGCUGUCUUCAAAAUCAGAGGGAUAUUGGGACCCCAGACUGUGUCAGAAGAAGUUUGAGUCUUACCUCUCAGAAAUCAAGAAACUGGUUAAAGAUGAUGAUCCACGUGCCGUAUAUCGUCUUAAGUUGCCUGAGAUCGAGAGGGGACGAGGUUUAAAGGACAAACUACGAUCCAGAAGAUUCCUUCUUCUUGGACGAAAAGAAGAUGAUUACGUCAUCCUUCCAGAUCGAUAUCUUAAAGAUGUUUUGGGCCUGAAGGAGUACUAGCAGACAAAACAAAAUGGCCGCCAUCAUGUCUGUAGCCAUGGUCAGUGUUACAAUUAUACUGACCAAUGCUCGACAAAUAUAUUUCAAGUGUCAUUUUAAUGUGCGAAAUCAGAUGACAACAAUAGUAAAUAAUGUUAAUGAUAAUUAUAAGAAUGGUAACAAUAUUGACUUGCAUUUCCUGAUGCACAGACAAAUUAGGAAUAGAGGGUUAGUUGUUAGGUCUUAUACAAUAAUUGUAUAUGUUUUAUGAAGGUAUAUGUGCUGAUUUUAAUAUCAAUAUAGAGGAAUAAAGCCGGAGAAACUCUUGUUUUUUGAGCACCUUUAUAUGCUUGGUUUUAUGGGGAUAUCAAUCAUCUACUUUACUUAUAUUUUUUAUAUAAACUCUUGACUUUAUGAUAUGUUAGGAAAACUAUGCUCUUCGCUUCAUUUGUUUUUAUAAUAAUGAUUUUAUCGCUCUUGAAGGGUGUGAAUAUUCCUUUUGUAUAAUAUAUGCAUAGAUCGGUGUAGAUUCACAAGACAAAGUACAACUCAUUUGCAUUCUAAAAAAAUAUAUUUCAUUACUUAUUUCUAUCAGAAAUGGGAGAACAAUAAUGUUAACGAAUUGCCUUUUUUGUUUUUUAUAGCUAAUGCAAAUGCUGAAGUAAAAAUAACCUUUGCGAUUAUUGGAAUAAAUCAUAUCAUUGCGAAGGUUUAUCUGUGACUUACGAAACGAGGAUGGAGGAUUUUAUAUAUCUUUUCAAACCUUAAAGCUUACAUGACAUGUGAGGCAUACAGUCCACUUGACCGAAGGCCCGUGAGACCGAAAAACAUAAUAAUGUGCGCAGUUAUACGACAUACAGUACCAUGUGCUUGUGCACACACAUUUGGCUUUUGGUUGACACGUUUGUUAGUGUAUAGCUUAGUGCUUAUGAUCCCUUCAUCUAAUUGUUAUUAUAUCUUACCGGACCCUAUGCAUAUUAAGUUUUAUGGUGCAUUUUAUUGAAUGAUUAGGGCUGGUAAAUUUGGAGCAAAGUAAGAUGAAAAAAUGAAUUACUCACUUUCUUUUAUGAUAAAAAUCACACCAUCAUUAAUUUAAUAGGUCAUUUCAUUAUGAUGAGGAGUUGAUAAUUAGAAUUUUAAAAUGUACCCAGAAGAAUGUGAGGGAAAAAAAAAUCAAUAUACCGCCCGUACAGGCGCG